UGUGUAAAACUGUAUUUGUAAUUAAAAACAACUAAGAACCCUUUAAAAUAUUAAUAUUUUUCUAUAAGUAUGACUAUAAAUCUUGAUCAUUUAGGGGAGUUAGUAAAAACUUUAUCUCAUGAAGAGUUAAAUGAAGUCACAAAAUCUUCACUAUCCUCUCUAUUCAAGUGUGAUGCAGUACUAUCAGAUUUGCCUUCAGAUAUAACAUAUGAAGAAAUUACUAACUUGACUGCAGUUGAGCAUGGACAAUCAAUAACAAUUAUUGUGGCAAGGGAAGAUGAAGUUCCACUGAAAGUUAUUGUACCCCAAAAGGCGACUGUUAAAGAUUUGAAAAAAGCUGUAGCAAGAAGUUUUGAAAAUUAUCAAAAUAGAACUGGAAGUAAAGUUAAAAUAUCUUGGAAAUACUUAUGGAAGACAUAUAAUUUAUGCUAUGAUAGUUUAUUGCUAGACAAUGAUAAUAGCAGCAUUGAUGAUUAUGGCGUAGGCAAUAAAGUAACAUUAACCUUUAAAAAGAAAAGGAAUAUGAGGAAAGCCAUGUAAAUUUUAAAUAAACUUUA